AUGGAUUCAAUCGAAGCGAAAGUGAAACGAUUACUGAAUGGCGAGACCGUGGAUGAGGACAUCGACGGACCCAUUGAUUGUGACUACACUCUCGAGCAUCAGAUCAAGGAAUUGGCGUCCAAAGGAGUGGAGACGUCGUUGUCGCAGGACUUCCGGCCAAUCGUGGGCCAGACGGUGACGUACAUCGCGGCGGCCGUUGUGUUCAACGACGCGGAUGAGGUGCUGAUGAUGCAGGAGGCGAAGAGUCGGUACGCCGGCCAAUGGUAUCUGCCGGCCGGUCGGGUCGACCCCAACGAGCAGAUCAUAGACGCCGUGAAGAGGGAAGUGCUCGAAGAGACGGGCCUUCUGUUCGAGCCGUUGACACUCAUACUCGUGGAGUCGAGUCAAGCGAAUUGGUUUCGCUUCACAUACACCGGGCGUAUAGUCGGCGGCCAACUGAAGACUGUGGCGCAGGCGGACAGCGAGUCUCUGCAGGCCUGUUGGGUGUCAGACAUCGGCUCAUUGAGUCUCAGGUCUGCCGACUGUUUGCGUUUAAUAGACUUCGGGCGACAAUACCGCGAGAAUCGCGAGGUUUGGCACAAAUCGCAGUUCACAGCCAUUCGACCGCACCAUCAGAUGCUCUUAAGGCUGGUCUGCGCCGUCAGGAGGAAAGAGAACAAUCGAUUCCAUGUGUUGGUGUCGGAGAAGCCGUCGCCGCAUCUGCCGGUCUGUGAACUAAACCCGUCGCGCAGUCUUCACGCGGCUCUCAAGCGCUUUAUGCAGAGUAUAUUCAGCGCCGAGAAACUGCCGGAGCACCGACCCUUCGGCGUGUUGUCUGUGGAGCACAACGGCAUUCCCGGCAAAGAACACGAUGGUCUGUGUCUCACUGUAUUAGUCGUAUGCAAAGUGCCAUUGGAAGAGUCGGUUCCCACACAGGAGUACACUUGGCUUCAGGUGGAGCCCGAGCUCGAGGGCCUACUCAUGAAUAUGGAUCAAAUGUUUGAGACAAUAGAGGUGGACCUGGAUGCCAAAGAACUGAUACAUAAGUAUUCUCAGCCUCCGGUCUUUGUCCCGCAAUUCACUGCAGGACUGGACCCACAGUUAAAGGCAUUAAUCACAGAAGUGGUGAUCCAGUCGUUCGCCGCCUUUACCACCGAAGAAGACAUCAAACGAGCACAUGGAAGCCAUGUUCCCCAAUGGCAUCGAAUGGACAGUUGA